CCAACAUCCUCCAUGGAGCUGUUGGAGAGCUCAUGAGGGGUUGCCUGAUGGGCGGAGGGGGCGGGUUCGAGUGCACCGGAUGCUCGAUGUGGCCCGGGAUAUAUAUAUUAUCUACCCUUGAGUCGCAGCUUCUCCCGCCUCUCAGCAAGCCCCUGGCCGAGGUCGCACUCAUACCCUUCGGCUGCGACUUGAGCCCGACUCGCCAAAUUCGAUCGCCCGCCAGACCCCUUGGCCUGGCCCGGUGUUCCGUCCCACCAGAUACGAGAUCCCGCCCUAGAUAUCCCCCCCCGGUCGGCAGAUCCCCAUGAUGGCGUCCGUGGACCUAGACCAGCCGUUUGACUACAUUGUGGUCGGCGGCGGCACUGCCGGCCUCGUUGUCGCCAACCGUCUCUCUGAGGACAGCAAUGUCCGCGUUCUCGUCGUCGAAGCCGGCGCCGACCGCAACGCCGAUCCCUUGGUCCUGACACCAGGCCUUGUGGCCGGCCUCUACGGAAAGGACGAGUAUGACUGGAACUUCAGCUCGCCCCCGCAGCCAACCCUGAACAACCGACGUAUCAACCAGGCUCGGGGCAAGAUGCUCGGUGGGACCUCCGGUCUCAACUUCAUGAUGCUGCUCUACCCAUCCAAGGGCAACAUCGACUCUUGGGCCGCCCUGGGCAAUCCGAGCUGGAACUAUGACGCGCUGGCCCCCUACCUGCGCAAGUUUGCCACUGUCCACCCGUCGCCUCAGUCCGCCCGAGACUUGCUUGGCCUGACCUACAUCGACGAGAGCUUGGCGGCGGGCGACGGUCCUAUUCAGGUUUCGCACACGGAUGGGCACAAUGUGACGAACAAGGCUUGGCUGGAGACAUUUGCUAGCCUUGGCCUCGAGGUCUCGACCGAUCCCCGCGACGGGAAGGCGCUGGGAGCCUUCCAGAACCACGCCUCCAUCGAUCCAGCUACGCACACGAGGAGCUUUGCCGGCCCCGCGUACUACACCCCCGACGUGGCCAAGCGGCCAAAUCUCGUCGUGCUCACCGAGACCUUGGUCGCCCGGGUCCUCUUUGACACGGCCGGCGGCGAGGGGGACGCGGUCGCGACUGGUGUCGAGAUCAUCACCAAGGAUGGCCAGAAGAAGCAGGUCUCGGCCUGCGGCGAAGUCAUCCUGGCCGCGGGUGCGCUCCAGAGCCCGCAGAUUCUCGAGCUCUCGGGCGUCGGCGGCCGCGAGCUGCUCGAGAAGCACAACAUCCCCGUCGUCGUAGAUAAUCCCAACGUGGGCGAGCACGUGCAGGAUCACCCCAUCGUCUGCCAGAGCUUCGAGGUCGCCGACGGCGUGCCCUCGGGCGACGUCCUGCGCGAUCCCAACGUCCUCCAGGCCGUCGUAGGCAUGUACCAGUCGGGCGGCGGCGCCGGGCCGCUGGGCCAGAGCGUCAUCAGCGUCGCUUACACCCCGCUCGUCGACGGCUCUGGCGUCGUCUCGGCCGAGGCCAAGGCCGAACUGCUCGCCCGGCACGAGUCGAGCUUUUCCACGGCCGAAGGCAAGGUCCUUCGCGACCUGGUCGAAUCCCCCUCCGAAGCCACCUUCGAAUUCCUCCUCUUCCCCAGCCAGGUGGACAUCCCCGAGAAUCCGACCAGCAUGGCGCAGUACAUCACACCCGUGCUCCCCGAGAAUUACAUCAGCGUCAUGACCUUCAUCCACCAGCCCUUCUCCCGCGGCAAGGUCCACAUCACCAGCCCGGACAUCAGGGCGGCGCCGCUCUGGGACCCGCGGUACAACUCGGACCCGCUCGACCUGGAGCUGCUGGCGCGCGGCGUGCAGUUCGUCGAGCGCAUCGUCGACUCGGCCACCCCGUUCGGCCGGGUCCUGAAGCAGGGCGGCAAGCGCCAGCCGCCGCUGCGGGCCGACGACCUCGAGACCGCGCGCGAGAUUGUGCGCCAGCGCCAGAUCUCGGUCUUCCACGUCUCGGGCAGCUGCACGAUGCGCCCGCGCGACCAGGGCGGCGUGGUCGACGAGCGCCUGCGCGUGUACGGCACCCGGGGGCUGCGGGUCGUCGACGCUAGCGUGUUCCCCAUCGAGCCGGUAGGCAAUAUCCAGAGCGUCGUGUAUGCCGUUGCGGAGCGAGCUGCGGAUCUGAUCAAGGAGGACCGCGCGAAGGCGUAGACACCGUGGGACUGGCCACGGAGACAAGGUUUUGGAUGUGAAGACCUAGGCGUCGGGGACGCGAUGUGGGCUCUGGAGGUUGGCGGGCCCCGAGUUGGGCCGAGUUUCCGGCUGUGGCAUCUUCAGGCGGGCUUUCCAUCAAAGUGAUACGUGGUGGAUAAUUAAGGGGAAGUUUGCACGUCAGCGCUCCCUCGAGCUUGAAAUACAUACCGACUAGUGCUAGUUUCCCCAAUUAAUUAUCCCCUUCAACGCGGAUCUUGUGUUAUAUAAGGUAUCCAAUUUUCACAACAUGUCCAUCCGUUUUACUUCAUACUCGGACUAUCUCCGACCUGAGAUAUCAAACGGGGGAGAAAUAUCAAACAUUCCCGUUCAACCCGAGUGUUGCGUGC